CAGAUGAUAGAGCUUGGGCUCGCACUGGAGUCAUCAAACCGCCCUUUCAUUUGGGUUAUCAGGUACAUGUCUGAUGAGUUUCAAAACUGGCUUCGCCAAGAAAAAUAUGAGGAAAGAGUUAAAGAGCAACAAGGGCUUGUCAUCUAUGGUUGGGCUCCGCAAGUACUAAUCUUGUCUCACCCGUCUAUCGGAGGAUUCUUAAGUCACUGUGGGUGGAACUCGUCCCUAGAAGCCAUUACUUCCGGCUUGCCUUUGAUCACUUGGCCACUUUUCGGGGAGCAAUUCUUGAACGAGAGGUUAAUUGUGAAUGUACUAAAAAUCGGAGUGAGGGGUGGAAUGGAGUUUCCUGUUGUGUUCGGAUCGGAAGAACAGACAGGAGUCCAAGUGAAUAGAGAUGAUAUUGUAGUGGCCAUUGAGGAAGUGAUGGGUGGAGGAGAGGAGGCUGAAAUGAGAAGAGAAAGGAUGAAAAAGCUUGGAGAAAUGGCAAGGAUGGCAAUGGAGGAAGGAGGUUCAUCUUUCCUUAAUAUUGACAAACUAAUUCAAGAUGUUGCAGAGGAAUCGAAUGCUAGGACAUCAGUUUAAGACUAUGAUAUGUGUUAGUUCAUUUUCAUUUCUUAAUAUAUGCUAUCAACUUCAUCUUAAACAUCUCUGUACUUGCUACUGGGUGACCCAUGUCGAAUUGGAACUAGUAUUAUGUAAAAUCAUAUCAUUCAGUGUAAGUGAUAUGAGUUGACCCAACUUA